GGCAAGACACAGAGCUCUCAGUGUAGGGAGAAACAGGGAAGAGAUGUAGUAGGAAACUUGAUUUCUAUGAAAUUUAGUAAUUAUUUACAAGAAAAUAAUAAUAAUAACAUAAAGAAUAAUCAAAAAUCCCUCUUUAACUUAAUAUCCUGCCCAUAGGAUUUUUACAUUUUGUUCAGGUUAUUCAAGGGCAUUUACACUCACCAUUCUGACACUUUUGUAAAGAUGUGUGAGGCAGUUAGUUAGCAAGCUAGCUAGCUAAGGCGGCAGGAGGAGAACAAAAGAUUUUUUUUUUUUUUCAGUUUUGACCGGUUGCACUGACACCAAGUCCAUGCAGAACGUGUCAUCACCAACACAAUGCCCGUGUUACUUUUUCUGAUAGACACGUCCGCGUCAAUGAACCAGCGCACCCAUCUGGGCACUACCUAUCUGGACAUUGCAAAAGGCGCUGUUGAGACUUUCAUGAAGCUUAGAGGCAGAGAUCCGGCGAGCCGAGGGGACCGGUAUAUGUUGAUAAAUUUUGAGGACGUUCCCCUCGGAAUCAAGGCUGGAUGGAAAGAGAGCCAUGCCACAUUCAUGACAGAGCUGAGGAACCUUCAAGCAGCAGGACUCACAACUAUUGGCCAGUCUUUGAGGACCGCUUUUGAUUUGCUCAAUCUCAAUAGAUUAGUGUCUGGGAUAGACAACUAUGGACAGGGCAGGAAUCCCUUUUUCCUGGAGCCGUCCAUCAUAGUGGCCAUCACCGACGGCAACAAGCUGACCAGCAGUGGCGGAGUCCAGGAUGAGCUCCACCUUCCCCUGACCACUCCUCUGCCGGGCAGUGAGCUGACCAAGGAGCCGUUCCGUUGGGACCAGCGUUUGUUCUCCCUGGUGCUGAGGAUCCCUGGACACGCCACUGUAGAGCCUGAACCACUGGGAGGGGUCCCCCCCGACGACUCGGCCAUCACCCCCAUGUGCGAGGUCACCGGAGGUCGCUCCUACAGUGUGUUCUCCCAGCGCAUGUUGAAUCAGUGUCUGGAGUCUCUACUGCAGAAGAUCCAGAGUGGAGUGGUCAUCAACUUUGAGAAGACUGGCCCGGACCCCCCUCCUGGAGAGGAUGAGACCCUGAAGCCCGGCCCCCAGUCGUGGCACUGCUGCCACAAGCUGAUCUACGUACGACCCAACCCCAAGACUGGUGUGCCCAUCGGACACUGGCCCAUUCCUGAAGGCUUCUGGCCCGACACGAACUCCCCCACCUUGCCCCCUCGCUCGGCCCACCCCCACGUGCGUUUCUCCUGUCUGGACUCAGAGCCCAUGGUGAUUGACAAGGUUCCCUUCGACAAGUACGAGCUGGAGGCUUCACCUCUCACACAGUACAUCCUGGAGAGGAAGUCCCCUCAUACCUGCUGGCAGGUGUUUGUAAGUAACAGUGCCAAAUACAGUGACCUGGGCCAGCCCUUUGGCUACCUGAAGGCCAGCACGGCACUCAACUGUGUCAACCUCUUCGUCAUGCCCUACAACUACCCUGUUGUACUGCCUCUACUGGAUGACUUGAUCCGUGUGCACAAGUUCAAGCCCACCAUUAAAUGGCGUCAGUCAUUUGAGAACUACCUGAAGACCAUGCCUCUUUAUUACAUUGGGUCCCUCCGGAAGGCGCUAAGGAUCAUGGGAGCUCCUAACCUCCUGGCCGACAACAUGGAGUAUGGUCUGAGUUACAGUGUGGUGUCCUACCUCAAGAAGCUCAGCCAGCAGACCAAGAUAGAGUACGAGCGACUGAUAGCAUCUGUAGCUAAGAAGGUGGUGGCGGAGGGUGGCAUCAAGGUGCGUGACCGCGGUGGGGACAUCUCUCUGGCCCAGCGCAGAGACUUCACUCAGCUUCUGGCCAGCAUCACGGGAGAGACGGCCGCCCUGCCCCUGGAGCUGAACUCUAAAGAGUUCUCUGGCUUUCAGCUGGCUCCUCUCAACAAGAGUCUGAAACCUCAGGGUUUCCGGAACGCCUACGACAUUCCCAGAAUGCACCUCCUGGAUCAGCUGAGCCGCAUGAGGAGGAACCUGCUCAGCACCACCUGUCUGCUCCGAGGACAGGACACAGACCAGCUGCACAGUGUGCCCAUCGCCCAGAUGGGGAACUACCAGGACUUCCUCAAAGCCCUUCCCCAACCCCUCAGAGACGCAGACCCUGAGCAGCCCAAACGCCUGCACACCUUCGGAAAUCCUUUCAAACUGGACAAGAAGGGGAUGAUGAUUGACGAGGCCGAUGAGUUUGUGACGGGUCCCCAGAACAAGGGCAAGCGUCCGGGGAGUGACUCCAACAUGCACGGGGUCGGGGGUGGGGGUCCCAAGAGACGACGGUGCAUGUCCCCUCUACUGCGCCCCGGCAGAGCCUAUUCGCCCCCCGUCAGCCCUGCAGCCAGCCCCUUCAGACCCCCCCUCGCCGAGUGCGACCAGAGUGAGUCAGACUCGGAGGCUGUGUUUGGAAACCUCUACAACCCUGAGACGUAUGAGACCGGGACAACGGUCCAACCAGAAGAGAUCCUCUCUGGACCCCUUCUAGACGGCCCCGACACAGGGAACCGCAUGGAGGCUGACGGGGACACUGAGGAGGAGAACGGGCUUCCCAGGGAGGUGGAGCUCUCAGAGGGCAGUGAGGAUGCAGGAGAGACUGGGGGUGUGGUGGAGGAGCAGUGCCCGGCCCGGUACCCCUCCCCCGCGGAACUGAAGAAGGUGAUGAACAGCGAGAGUCUGGAGGUCAACACCGAACUACGAGCCCUCAUCACCAAGGAGAUACGGAAACCCGGGAGACACUAUGAAAAAAUCUUCUACUUCCUGAAGCAGAUCCAAGGAAGCUUUGACACACGGUUGAUAUUUCUCCAGAACAUUAUAAAAGAAGCUGCAAGGUUCAAGAAGCGGGUGCUGAUAGAACAGCUGGAGAACUUUCUAGAAGAGAUCCAUAACAGAGCCAACAAUAUGAACCACCUGGACGGGUUCUAAUGGACAACUCUUCACUCCCCGGACCCUCAGACCUGACCCCUCCUCCCCACCCUCAGCCCUCAACCUGCAGCCCUUACCCAGGCUGAAAUACUCCUAUAGAAAAGGGGCAUAUACAGUGUAUGAACUAACCCAAGCAAUGAAAUGAGUGCUGUUGGCCUGUCUGUCUCUGUCCGUGUAUACUGUGUGACGCGUGUCUCAUCAGUGAUGGUAUGGGGAACUGAUAUUGCUAAGGGAGGGGGUUAAAUUCGAUUGUAAAAAGUUUCCAACAACCUCAGGGCCAAAAGAGGAACACUGAUGUUUUAGGUUUCAAAUGAAUCUUUAGGUGGCUUCAUGUUUUUUAUUUUAUUUCAUUUUCUCUUUCUAGUCAUCUCCCUCCCUCUCUCUCUCUCUCUAGUCAUCUACCUCUCUCUCUCUAGUCAUCUACCUCUCUCUCUCUAGUCAUCUCCUCUCUCUCUCUCUCUAG